CUCUCUCUGUUAAAGAAGAGAAGAACUCUCUCUAAUCUCUAUCUCUCUUCUCCUUCUUCUUCAAUUUUGAUCAUUCGUCGAAUCUGCUUCUCCUCAAGUGAAAGCAUUUUAAUUUCAAGAAUUUCUGCUUCGAUUGUUGGUUUUUCGAUUAGAAGAGGCGGAAAAAGAAUGGCGACGGUAAAUGGGUACACAGGAAAUACUCCGGCGGCGGCUACGCCGGCAGCCACCGGAUCAAAGCAACCUGCUCCUCCGACUAAAACCGUCGAUAGUCAAUCCGUUCUCAAAAGGCUGCAGUCUGAACUAAUGGGCUUGAUGAUGGGAGGUGAUCCAGGGAUAUCGGCUUUUCCAGAGGAAGACAACAUAUUCUGUUGGAAAGGAACAAUCACAGGAAGUAAAGACACUGUGUUUGAAGGAACUGAGUACCGACUUUCCCUCUCGUUCUCAAACGAUUACCCUUUUAAAGCUCCCAAAGUUAAGUUUGAGACGUGCUGCUUCCACCCCAAUGUGGAUCUCUAUGGCAAUAUUUGCUUGGACAUUCUUCAGGAUAAAUGGUCUUCCGCUUAUGAUGUGAGGACGAUAUUACUCUCAAUUCAGAGCCUUCUUGGAGAACCGAACAUCAGCUCACCAUUGAACAACCAAGCAGCUCAGCUUUGGAGCAAUCAAGAAGAAUACAAGAAGAUGGUUGAGAAGCUCUACAAGCCUUUAAACGCAUGAUUCUCAUUUCUCAAAUAGCCUCUGUAACUUGUUAAAUCACAACUGUCCUGGAUCAUGUUACUUCUACUUUUAUAAUCUCGGUGUGAGCCAGUAUUAGGAAUCAAAACCCUCUUACUACAGAAGUUACAAUUGCAUAAA